GCUAUUCACACUGCUCCAACCAGCAAGCACCACCGCACACACAAGCCCAUCAGUGAGAGUAGAGCUAGCGAGCGAGCGAGCUCAAAGGCGCGCGCACUAGCUUAGCUAGCCAGCAAGAAAAGAAUGGCGGCUGGUGGUGGCGUUGGCGGCGUCGCCGACGAGAAGGCCCCCGAGGCGUUCGGGCUGAGCCGGCACGUGGCGGAAGCGGAGAUGGAGGAGCAGCACGGCGGCAGCGGCGAGUCCAGCGUCAAGUCCAAGCUCUCCGGCUUCCUGUGGCACGGCGGGUCGGCGUACGACGCCUGGUUCAGCUGCGCCUCCAACCAGGUCGCCCAGGUGCUGCUGACGCUGCCCUACUCGUUCGCGCAGCUGGGUAUGCUGAGCGGCAUCCUGUUCCAGCUCUUCUACGGCCUGCUGGGCAGCUGGACGGCGUACCUGAUCAGCAUCCUGUACCUGGAGUACCGCACCCGUCGGGAGCGCGACAAGGUGGACUUCCGGAACCACGUGAUCCAGUGGUUCGAGGUGCUGGACGGCCUCCUUGGCCGGCACUGGCGCAACGCCGGGCUCGCCUUCAACUGCACCUUCCUGCUCUUCGGGUCGGUGAUCCAGCUCAUCGGCUGCGCCAGCAACAUCUACUACGUCAACGACCGGCUCGACAAGCGGACCUGGACCUACAUCUUCGGCGCCUGCUGCGCCACCACCGUCUUCAUCCCCUCCUUCCACAACUACCGGGUCUGGUCAUUCCUCGGCCUCGUCAUGACCACCUACACCGCCUGGUACAUCGCCGUCGCCUCGCUCGUCAACGGCCAGGUCGAGGGGGUCACGCACUCGGGCCCGACCAGGAUCGUCCUCUACUUCACCGGCGCUACCAACAUCCUCUACACCUUCGGGGGACACGCCGUCACAGUGGAGAUCAUGCACGCGAUGUGGCGGCCGCAGAAGUUCAAGUCCAUCUACCUGCUGGCGACGGUGUACGUGCUGACGCUGACCCUGCCCUCCGCCGCCGCCGCGUACUGGGCGUUCGGCGACGCGCUGCUCACCCACUCCAACGCGCUGGCGCUGCUGCCGCGCACUGCGUUCCGCGACGCCGCCGUGGUGCUCAUGCUCAUCCACCAGUUCAUCACCUUCGGCUUCGCCUGCACCCCGCUCUACUUCGUCUGGGAGAAGCUCAUCGGCCUCCACGACUGCCGCAGCCUCUGCAAGCGCGCCGCCGCCAGGCUCCCCGUCGUCGUGCCCAUCUGGUUCCUCGCCAUCAUCUUCCCCUUCUUCGGGCCCAUCAACUCCGCCGUCGGCUCCCUCCUCGUCAGCUUCACCGUCUACAUCAUCCCGGCGCUCGCGCACAUGGUCACCUUCAGGUCCCCACAGUCGCGGGAGAACGCCGUGGAGCGGCCGCCGAGGUUCGCCGGAGGGUGGACGGGCGCAUACGUGAUCAACUCCUUCGUGGUGGCGUGGGUGCUGGUGGUCGGCUUCGGCUUCGGCGGCUGGGCCAGCAUCACCAACUUCGUUCAGCAGGUCAACACGUUCGGCCUCUUCGCCAAGUGCUACCAGUGCCCGCCUCACCUCACCGCCCCGCCGGCGGCUCCCUUCGCGCCGCCACCCAUGGCCCCGGCCCCGGCCAUGCUACCGGCGACAGUAUUCAACGCCACCGGGUUCUUCCCUCCGGUUCCAUCGCCGGCUCCGGCGCCGUCGCCGAUGAUGAACUUCUUCCUCCGCCACCACCACCACAGGCACCACGGCCGCCACGGCCUCUGAUAAUAUGGUCACCUCACUCAAUCCAGCCGGGCCGCCCCGGGCGGAUUAGUGAUGGAUCAGGUUUGCUGUAGUUUUAGCUAGUUGUGUUGAGAUCAGCAGCAAGGUUCAAGGUAGCCUUAGUAAAAGUCCUUUGUUCUACUGCAUGCCAAUCCCUUCAUGUUCAGAUAAAAAGACAGAGUCUGGCCGAUGACAAGAGAGGCUAUGUACCGGUAGCAUGCACGUCACGCAGAGAUGUGAUAGGUUUGAAGAGUCGCUUGUCCUGUACCGUGUCCUUGUGUGGAGCUGCUUUCGAGAAAGAAGAAAAAAGAGAAAAGAGAAAUGCAUGGAAUGUUUCUGAGGCAGA